AUGGAUGAAGCCAGCACAAUCAGUGACCAGGAUACGGCCGACAAUGAAGGUCCCCAAGCACAGCCAAUCCGCUCACAGGCGACUUGCCAUACUGCCCAGGAGCUGCGUUUUCUCAGGAGAUCACAAGUUGAUCUUGACACCAUACGAGAACAGCUUGAGUCGAGGACGCCAACAGUUCCCGAAGGAGGAGUACUCCCACCCGCAGCUCGACAACGCCUAGAAUUUGGUCAACUCUGGCUCAGGGCAAUAUUUGUGAGAGCAAUAGAGCAUCGCAUCGAAAAUGAUGCCCGACUGAGAAGUCUUGUCGCAGCCUGUUUGGAUCACCUUAUUGAAUGGUCAAGUACUGUCGCCAACCUCGAGUUAAUGUUCGCAUAUCAAAGCCUGUGGUUCGCCGAGGAUCGUCUCAUGGAAGCCCUGAAACAUCUCGAUGAGCUGGCAGCGACUCAUUUGCCUCCCCGUCCAACCAUAGGAACAGUGUCUAGUUUCGAAGACCGUCACAAUCAACAGUUUGAAAGAAUUUCCCUCGUCGACAUGCAGUGGCAUUGGCCUGAAGACGAUGUGGUCAUGUACGGGCGAAAGUACCGGUCCGUCAAAACCGGUUGGGCCUGUUUUGCGAAAACUCGAUGGGUCGCAACGGACGACUACUACAGCGCUCAAUGCACUCGACCAAACCGAGCAUAUUUUCGAGUCCUGAUGAUCGUUCCUGUGGUCUAUAAUCCACAAAUCCAUUAUGUCUUUUUCGAUCCACGAGCUCCCUUUCAUUACGGGCACGGCUGGGAUGCACCAUUUCCACUUCCACCUGGUCACGGGGAUUGGGGCUUUCCACCAUGGUUUGGAGGAUUAGGACACAACGGGUUUGCAAACAUGGGAGAUCCUGGGGUGCCUGAAGACUUUCCGGGAUUUGACGAAUGGAGGAAUGCAAGACACAGUGAAAAUAUGGCUCGACUUGAUCGCGAAAUGAAUGAAAUUACCGACCGACCUCGGGGCUAUGUGGAAGAGCUGAUUAGAGGCUGGCAGGAUGGUGGAGAGUCAUCUGAAGAUAAUCCAGACAGGAGAAGACUAAGACGACUAUGGUCGGAGAUUGCUGACCUGGAGCAACAGAGGGACUAUUACCAGCGACGGAAUAUGGAACGGUAUCGAGAACAGCGUGAAGAACAGCGACUGGGUAGAGAUUAUGCAGAUCAUUAUCUUCACCGUCGUCGUGGAGGUGGUCAUUACAGAUGA